UUUUUUGCUUUUUAAUCCAGAUGAUUUCUCUGAUGUUCAGAAGAAGUUUGUGCUGUAAUAAAUCAUUUUAUGUUGUAUAUGAGGAAUGUUGUCCUGAGCCUUCAGAAUAAAAGACUAUGGUGAUGUUUAGUGUUGAAGUGAAGGGUUUGUGUAGCUGUAAGAGGUUAAACUGAUGUCAGCGUGUGCGUGAUCUACAGCUGCCGUGGGUGAUUUCUCUCUCUCUGAGUGGGGAAUUCAUUUUUACAGCCUGCACCAAACAAUCUGUCUCACAAAACCCUUGUUCUUCCUUUUCUUUUUUUACCUAUUUUUACCACCAACACUGAUAUUUUUAUUUUUCCUUUCUGCACUUUGAUUAGUGCCUUAACAAAUGAACCAACGGCGACGAGAUUUUAUGUAAUUUGCGUUUUAAAUUCAUGCUAAUGUAUAUUACAAGAAGCCACUGAACAACAACAAAAAAAUAAAGAGUUGAAGCUCGAUAUUAUUCGGUUUAGUUUUGCUGCUUUGCAAGAGAAAUUCUCCUUAUCUGUGAUAUUUGGUUUGAUUGAUAAAAAAAUAAAGGAUGAGUGAUUAUUACACUAAAUGAGUGAUUAUUACACGAUUAAGCGCAGCGAAUUAAACACUAAUCAAAUAAGAUUAAAUUAAGUUAAUUUUGGCUUACACAUAUUUUACCCAAAUACGAGUUAAAACAGACCAGCACUUUAGUGUAUAAUAUUAAAUUAAUCAACAGGCCUAUACAAGCAAAUAAAUAAAUGCUUUUCACUAAUAAAAUAUUCAGUGUUAACCUUGUUGUAAUGUUGUGAAUGUCUGUGUAAAUUAAACUAAACUGGUUACUAUUUCGUUGAAUUCACACAAAAGAAACUUAAGUUCGGAGACUGCAACACGGCUUUUCGAUAUACACAUUUCUGCCUGGCCAAACCCUACACACACACACACACACACACACACACACACACACACACACACACACACACACACACCAAAUCCUCCCAAUGCGCCCCCGAUCUCCACAAGAUUCUCUGACCAAUGAGCGCGUGAAUGAUGGUAAGACCGGACAGCACGGGACCGUGUAGCGACACACACUCGGUAUCUGAUGAUGCGAUCAUGUGUGAUAAGUUAUUAUACGAAAUUUAGAGAACAACUGUUAUAGGAAAUAAAAUAGAAUAGCGGUCAGUUCUGCGAAUAUUGCGGCAAUAUUGUGGAUCCUCACCAAGAGACGCGACCUGUGAGGCCUGCGCGUCCACCGCUGCAAUAUUUCACGAUGCACGCGUCAGAUAUUCCGCUGCUGUGACCCGCGCGUCUCUCUCUCUCUGCGUGAAUCUACUGACAUGUUAAAGGAUUUAUAACUCAGAGUCACAAUGAAGGAGAAGUCAAAGACGGCGGCGAGGACUCGACGGGAGAAGGAAAACAGUGAGUUUUACGAACUCGCCAAAAUGUUGCCGUUACCGUCGGCCAUCACGUCACAGCUGGACAAAGCGUCAAUCAUCCGAUUGACCAGCAGCUACCUGAAGAUGCGUCUGGUGUUCCCACAAGGUUUGGGUGAGAGCUGGGGUCAUGCGGCUCGAGGCAGAUCUUUAGAUAAUAACACAAACCAUGAUCUGGGAUCUCAUCUACUUCAGGUAAUAUUCAACAAGACGCUUCAGACAUUGGACGGAUUUAUAUUCGUGGUUGCAGCAGAUGGGAAGAUCAUGUAUAUUUCCGAGACUGCGUCAGUCCAUCUCGGCCUAUCACAGGUAGAGUUAACUGGAAACAGUAUUUAUGAAUAUGUUCAUCCGGCUGACCAUGAUGAGAUGGCUGCGGUUCUUACACCACAACCCUCAUAUCAUUCACACUUCAUACAAGAAUAUGAAGUGGAGCGGUCGUUCUUCCUUAGAAUGAAAUGUGUCUUGGCUAAACGAAACGCAGGUCUGACAAGUGGAGGUUAUAAGGUCAUUCACUGCAGUGGUUACCUGAAGAUCAGACAGUUCAGUCUGGACUCCUCUCCGUUCGAUGGCUGUUAUCAGAACGUGGGUCUGGUGGCCGUUGGACACACGUUGCCUCCCAGCGCCGUCACCGAGAUUAAACUGCACAGCAACAUGUUUAUGUUCCGGGCCAGCCUCGAUAUGAAGCUCAUUUUCCUGGACUCAAGGGUUUCAGAGCUGACAGGAUAUGAACCACAGGACCUGAUUGAGAAAACCCUGUAUCAUCACGUACACAGCUGUGACAUGUUUCACCUGCGCUGUGCUCAUCACCUGUUGCUCGUUAAAGGUCAGGUGACCACUAAAUAUUACAGAUUCCUCUCUAAACGUGGCGGCUGGGUUUGGGUUCAGAGUUACGCAACAAUCGUGCACAACAGUCGCUCGUCCAGGCCGCACUGCAUCGUCAGCGUCAACUACGUCCUCACGGACACAGAAUAUAAGGGAAUGGUGCUGUCUCUGGACCAGUUAAAUCCCAGUAAACCUGCAUUCCUCUACAGUAACCAUAAUGAAAGAGAAGACAAACUGAUGGACAGAAGUUCAGUUCCAAACACUAGGAGUAAAAUCCUGGUUUCUCCUUAUCCACAGCAGUUCCCGGCCUUCCACCCUGAUCGCUCCGAGUCCGAUCACGACAGCCAAUGGGGUGGCAGCCCUCUGACAGACUCCACCUCUCCACAGCGACUGGAUCAGAGCGAGGCGUCAGAAUCAGCGUGCGCUUACAGACGCUUCGCCGAGUGUUACAGUCUCUCUCAGGGUGACAUGAUGACAUCAGCUCAAACACCCUGUGACCCGUCUACAGUCCGCUGUCAGGGUGGACGUUAUGUGUUGGGCGUAAGAGAUCAGAUGGGGCGAGAGGGCUGGUGGGAAACCGCACGUUCUGUCCCGUCUCUUACAAAAGCAGCUCAACACAACGGAGGAGAGUUUGAAUGCCGAGCGUUUCAUCAUUCACACGCUCAUUGGGACGACGAGCAUGCGGUCAGUUCUCCAGGAGCAGGGUCAUCGGGAGAUUCUGGAGACAGUUGCCAUGACAACAGGCCGUUUCAAUCCAGCCCGCAGGAGACCUCCAUCAGAAGCAAACAGGAGGUGAUUAAGGUGGAGGACAUCGAGUCGAGCGCUUACUCCUCUGUUCUCUUCACAUCUAUACCCGGUGUGGUCCGUCAUACACCCGGGACCCUAAUUCUGUGUAGAGAUCCCAUGGCAACGGGUUCCCAUGACGACAAGGACGGAAGUCCAGCCUCUCUCUCUGGCCUAAGCAGCCCGGGAUCAGACAGACCAUCCCACUCGACAAACGAAUACCGGCGGCCACCGUCCGUCUCUCCUCGCAUCCAGGCCCAGAGCGGCUCGCUGCUUUAUCCUCCCCAAGAAAGAGAGGCCAUCAGCGGACACGGACACUCAGCAUGUCCCCUCGCUGGAGGAAAUCUGGAGUCACAGAAUAGACCUGGAGGUUUAAGGGGUUUUCCUCCUCAUUACGACGUGAACUCGAAUGUACAUUUACAAACAAACGGCACGCACGCACACAACAGCACAUCAGUUAUCAUCACACACAGCAGCUGACUCCAGCACCCGGAGAACACAA